AUGUUUGCUGCUACUGCCUCUUAUAUCUUUGAUUAUGUUGGUUUCACUUCUUAUGUUGAGUGGAAUUUGUUUUUGCAGGGGAAGGUUGCAAUUUGUAGCAUGGUAAGGGGCCAUGAAGGCUGCUGGACAAUUGCUGAGGGGAAUGGUAUGGCAAUAAGGUUCAAGACUGAGAUGGGCGACGGGGUAGCAGUUGAUGAUGUUGAGGGAAAUGGCCAUGGUGGUCUUGUGGCUUGA